AUGCGCUGAAUUACAAAAUCCUUUUUUACACAAUUAUAAUCUGUCUAUGCUAUUACAAUUGUAUUUUAACAUACUUCAAUAGAUGGAUAGAGAGAGCCCACUGAGAGAUACUUGUGAUGCCGCUGGUUUUGACUAGAUGGGAUGCAGUUUGUAUCAGAAUUGACUUCUCGUAGCAGGUUCGAAUUUACGAUGCAGGUUAGGACAAUUAGGUUAAGGGUAGGAAAACGGUUAGCUAAAGUGCACUAAACUAAGAAAAAGAAGAAAAAAAAAAUCACCUUUAGACCUAAGUUUGACUAACUAUCUCCUCUAGCCAUGACCACAUGCUGCUUGCUUGGUCAAACAGUUGGAUAAACGCAAAAGUAGUUAGGUUAGCUAGCCGGUCGUUUAUUUCUUGGACAUAUGAUAUACUAACGUUACAUAUUACUAAUGUCAAACGGGUUUAGCAACAGCAUUAGCUACCCACGAACAUCAACUACAUUUUUACAGUUAAACAACAUAACCAUGACAGUGAGGCAUGAAUGAGAUUAUUAUCAACAUUAGAACACGGAGUUUGCCAGUUAAUACGAAUGUCUAUGGAUCUGAUUUCCCAUCAAAGUCCAUCAACAUGACGAGGAAGCAACAUGGGAGAAGGGCGAGAAAGAAGAGGCAACGGGAGUGCAAAGAAACAACUGUUCAGUCUGUGACACUAUCUCAUGAACCACAGUUUGUGGCUCUAAGAAGAUGGCUGCAACAGAGAGGCUUCAACUCCAAGCUUCUAGUACCUGCAAACUUCUCAGACACAGGACGUGGACUGAUGACCUUACAGCCUAUCAAGGCUGAGGAUUUGGUGAUCUCCUUACCAGAAAAAUGCCUUUUAACUACCUCUACUGUUCUAAGGAGCUACAUUGGUGAAUACAUAGAAAGAUGGAAACCGCCUGUGUCUCCUCUCUUAGCCCUCUGUGCUUUCCUCAUCUCUGAGAAACAUUUUGGCCAACGUGCAGAAUGGAAGCCCUACAUUGACGUCCUGCCCCAAAAAUACACGUGCCCUGCUUACUUCUCAGAUGAGGUCAUCAACCUGCUGCCGGGGAGUCUGAGUGGGAAGGCCCUGGAGCAGAGAGCUAUGGUUCAGGAGCUGCACUCCUCUUCGUUGGACUUCUUCAGCUCCCUCCAGCCUCUCUUCAGUCAGCCCGUGGAGAGUGUGUUCACGUAUGAUGCACUGCGCUGGGCAUGGUGCAGUGUGAACACGCGCACUGUGUACAUGGAGCACCAACACACCCCCUACAUGUCCAGGGAGAGAAAUGUGUAUGCCUUAGCCCCCUACCUGGACCUGCUCAACCACUCCCCAGCCAUACAGGUAAAGGCGAGCUUCAGCCAUGUGAGCAGGUGCUAUGAGAUCCGUAGCAUCCAAGGCUGCAAGAGAUUCCAGCAGGCUUUUAUCUGCUACGGUCCCCAUGACAACCAACGUCUCCUGCUAGAGUAUGGGUUUGUUGCUCCUGGAAACCCUCACAGUGUGGUGUAUGUGGACCAAGUUAUCCUUCAACAGUGCGUCUGUAUAAAAUACAUAAAUCAGCUGGCACAGAAGCUACUCUUCCUGAAGAAAAAUGACUUUUUAGCAAACUUGACCCUUAGUUUGGAUGGGCCCUCCUGGAGACUGAUGACCGCCCUCAGGCUGCUGUCACUUAAGACAGAACAAUACCCUUUCUGGAAGAGUGUCCUCUUGGGGGCGGGGGUGAGCCACGACAGAGAGGAGUGGAGUGUCGAUGCAGCCCUUAGGCUUUGUCACUACCUGAUGGUUGACAACACUAGAGCUCUGAACAAGAUCUCCCAACUAACAGAGAGGGCAGACGCAUCUCUCAAGGAGCAGCUAGCUGUUGUGGAAUGUCUACGACGAGAGGAGCAAGAAAUUCUGGGUCUUAACCAGGAAAUGCUGCAGGGUCUUCAGAAACAAUUGUUGCCAAGCAGACAGCAUGCACAACUUAGAACAGCAUGCACAACUUAGUAUGACAUUCCAGAACCGGUCAAUUUAUUUAUCUAUCACUGGCUAUGCUUCUAUGAGGAGACAACCAUGUCCGUUUCAUUAUCAGUGCAAUGAAGUGUCCCAGCAAAAGGGCACUGUCACUAGUUAUGUUUCCAUGAACUUGUCCAGUGAUUUAUUUUUUGGGGCAACAUUUAACGUUUGCAUAGAAAAUAGAUGCGACAAUUGCCUGCUAGGGUGCAUUUCCAUUAAACCAUUUUGUCGAUUAAAAACAGCUGGACGUAAUGACAUCUCACCUAAAAAACAAUUUACAACAAAAAUAAUAGCAGCCUGUAUGCCCUCCCACCUAUCUGUGUCUCAGGUAGCCUGCAAAAGCCAGCAUGGAUAGAAUGCAAUAAUCAGGGGCACAACUUUGGUUUUAGAAGUGUUAGGGACAUUAAAUGUUUGUUUUUUAUCCAGUUGGAUAAACAGCCUACCUGACCGCUCAGAGGCAUCGGCAUGGUCCUAAAGCACACCGGUGCCUCAUUUUGUAUCACAUUCCAAUUAUAAAAAUGCAAUUUCAGAAUAGGG